AUGUGCAUGCUGUUUAGGUACGUUGGUUAUUGCUUCGUUGCGUGCAUAUGUCAUGUUGAUGUAAGGAACAAUCUAAUUGGCCUACAUUUGAAGGAGCGGGCGACCUGGCUGGACACGAGGAGUGCCUACACGAACCUCAUCAGAGAAUUGGUCAUUCCAUCUUCUUCAUUAUCUUCUUCUUCUUCCUCCUCGUCAACUGAUGGCGCACCGAGGGGACAGCAACUUGGAAGCAGCAGCGUGCGGGAGGUAAGCAGGGAGAAGAGUGGCCUGGUGAAGUCGUUGUGUCUAAAGCAGCUGAAGCCCAACCUCUAUCUACCAUUCAUUUGUCUCGAUAAUAAUUAUUAG